AUGCUGAAGCUUUUGAGUUUCCUUCCCGCCUCUUGGGCGUGCAGUUAUGUGGAGAUUCCUUGGGAAGACAGUAGAGGAAUAUCAUAUCUCAUUCCAAGGACCAUGGAGCUCAACAAUGUGUUUGACAGCACCAAUUACAGCAUUGAAGCUGUACCACGAGGGAGUGAAAACAAGUUUGGUUACCUCGCUCCCAUGAACAUUUUCCAUCUUCCUCCCACGGGCCUAGAACUCAAGAUUCCCUUUGAGGGCAUGAAUGAGGUGGGCUUGACAGUCUCCGGGCUCCUCUUGACAGAGUCUAUAUACGAGAGACCAGAGCCAGGAAAGAAACACUUGAGUGCUGAAGACGUCAUCCCUGCACUUCUGGCAAACUGCUCAAGUGUGGAUGGUGCGAUAGAGAUGCUGGAAUCUGUCAACGUCGUGGCUCCAAGUCUGCAGGCGCUGGAUGGAGAAGGCUUGCAUUGGGCUAUUGCUGAUGCUACUGGCCGGUCCAUCAUCGUCGAAUACCUCCAGGGCAAGCGGAUGAUUUUGGAGAACCAUCCACGAGUGAUGACCAAUGUGUCCUGA